UGUCAAGUUAAUCUGCACGAGUUGAACUUAUUAUUUAUUGUUUAAGCAUAGUGAUCUGUGAUUGUAUUUGUAGCUCAUCUCAUUCAAUGUCAAUAGAGGCUAUUUGAAUUUUGAUUUUUAAUUUUUUAGUUUAAUAAAAAGUAAAUUUGAAAGUUUAUUUGUGUUUGUUCCUUUGGUUUGUUCACAACAAGAACAGAGAGAAUUAUUAUUUUUUUUGGGUUAUGUGCACGUUUUGUUUUCAUUAGACUAGGUUAUGAUAAAUAAGUUAAUUCAAAAUGUACAUUAUGGAAUUAGCAUUAAUGCUUAGUGCCUUCUUUAUUUUAACGAUAACCGCUCGAGUGAUGUACCUCCUUUACAAUAUAUUUAGAGGAAUAUGCAAUUUAAAUAGCGAAAAUAACAGUUUGAAAACUGUUUACUGCAUCGGAUCGGGUGGUCACACCACAGAAUUAUUAAGGAUUGUGUCACAUUUAGAUGCGGAAAAGUAUGCACCACGAUUAUACAUCAUGGCAAUGAAUGAUGUCAGUAGUGAAGUAAAAAUACGUGAACAAGAAAGAGAUUCAACUGAGUACCAGAUUUACAGAAUUCCAAGGAGUCGGAAUGUCAAGCAAUCAUAUGUCUCAUCAGUGUUUACAACAUUAUAUGCAACCAUCUAUACUAUACCAAUUAUCUGUAAAUUCAAACCAGAUAUUAUAUUUUGUAAUGGCCCUGGCACAUGUGUACCUAUUUGCUUGGUUGCAUUCCUGCUUAGAUGCAUUUUUGUACUGGAUUGCAGAAUAGUUUUCAUAGAAAGCUUUUGCAGGGUUCGAACACUAUCAUUAUCUGGAAAGAUAUUACAAUGGUUUGCAGAUAUAUUUAUUGUUCAAUGGCCUCAGUUGACUAAUGUAUGUUUUCGAGGAAAAUACUUUGGCAGACUGACCUGAAUGCUAAUAAAACAAAAUAAUCAGAAAGAAACUGUUUUAUUUGAGGGAACAUGGAGAUUGCGAAACAAUAAUUAAUCUAUGUGUAUACUUUAAAUAGACUAAGCUAAAAAAAAUUUCAAGUUACACUACCAAAUAUUAGUAUUCAAAAUUAAAAUGUAAUUUAACAUUUUACUAAAAUCCAAUAUAAAAUUAUUUUAUAUAAUAUAUAUUCAAAGCAUGUAUCUUGGUAUAGGAUAUUUUAAAAUAUUAAUAAAAACACUACUUAAAAAUUA